GAUGACAAGAUGGCACAGCUGCUUGUACCGCCCGGACCUGACAGCUUCCUCCCCUUCGUCCCCGAGUCGCUGGCCGCCAUCGAGAGGCGCAUCGCCGAGGAGGAGGCCCGGAGACCACGGGCGGACCGCCGCAGCGACAGCGAUGAUGAAAAUGGGCCGAAGCCCAACAGUGACCUGGAGGCGGGGAAAUCUCUCCCCUUCAUCUAUGGGGACACCCCCUCCCACCUGGUCUCCACCCCUCUGGAGGACCUGGAUCCCUUCUACAGCAAUCAGAAGACCUUCAUAGUAUUGAAUCGCGGGAAGGCAAUCUUCCGUUUCAACGCCACUCCUGCCUGUUACAUCUUAAGCCCCUUCAACCCCCUAAGGAGGAUAGCUAUUAGAGUUUUAGUACACUCUUUGUUCAGCAUCUUGAUCAUGUUCACUAUCCUGACCAACUGUGCUUUCAUGACCCUCAGUAAUCCCCCGGAAUGGGCCAAGAAUGUAGAGUACACAUUCACAGGGAUUUACACCUUCGAGUCCCUUAUCAAAAUCCUGGCCAGGGGCUUCUGUCUGGGGAAGUUCACUUUCCUGCGGGACCCGUGGAACUGGCUGGAUUUCAGUGUUAUCCUCAUGGCAUAUGUCACAGAGUUUGUGGACCUGGGCAAUGUCUCAGCACUGCGAACCUUCAGGGUUCUGCGAGCCCUGAAAACUAUAUCAGUCAUCCCAGGCCUGAAGACCAUCGUGGGCGCCCUGAUCCAGUCGGUGAAGAAGCUGUCGGACGUGAUGAUCCUCACCGUGUUCUGCCUCAGCGUCUUCGCCCUCAUCGGCCUGCAGCUCUUCAUGGGCAACCUGAGGCAGAAGUGUGUGCGUUAUCCGUUUACCAGUAACGCCACCAACAGCAGCAACGUAACCAGUGACGAGGACAUGUUUAUCAACUACUACAACAACUCCCUGAUGGACAUCAACACUACGUUUGUGCAGAACGCCACAGAGAACCCCUUCAACUGGACCGAGUACAUCAGCGAUCCGGAGAAUUACUAUUACCUCCCAGGGCGCAGGGAUGCUCUGCUCUGUGGGAACGGCAGCGGUGCUGGGCUCUGCCCAGAGGGUUUCACGUGUAUGAAAGCAGGUCGGAAUCCAAAUUACGGAUACACCAGCUUCGACACCUUCAGCUGGGCCUUCCUCUCUCUGUUCCGACUCAUGACCCAGGACUACUGGGAGAACCUCUACCAGCAGACUCUGCGUGCUGCGGGGAAACCCUACAUGAUCUUCUUCGUGCUGGUGAUCUUCCUGGGCUCCUUCUACCUGGUCAACCUGAUCCUUGCCGUAGUGGCCAUGGCCUACGACGAGCAGAACCAGGCGACCAUCGAGGAGGCGCAGCAGAAGGAGGAGGAGUUCCAGGCCAUGCUGGAGCAACUGAAGAGACAGCAGGAGGAGGCACAGCAGGUUGCCGCAGCAGCAGCCACAGUGAGCGGCGAGUACAGCGGGAGGGGGGGGCCCACCUCCGAGUCCUCCUCGGGGACGUCUAAGCUGAGCUCCAAGAGCGCCAAGGAGCGACGCAACAGGCGGAAGAAGAGGAAGCAGAGGGAGGAGGAGGAGGAGAGGGGGGUGCGCAAGUUCCACAAGUCCGAGUCCGAGGACAGCAUCAAGCGCUCCAGCUUCCGCUUCUCUGUGGACGCCAACCGCCUCUCUUAUGAGAAGAGAACCUCCUCGCCCAACCAGUCUCUGCUCAGUAUCCGAGGCUCCCUGCUGUCUCCUCGGAGGAGCAGCCGCACCAGCCUCUUCAGCUUCCGCGGCCGGGCCCGAGACAUGGGCUCGGAGAACGACUUCGCCGACGACGAGCACAGCACCUUCGAGGAGAGCGACAGCCGCCGCGGCUCCUUGUUCCUGCCGCGCCGCCUGGAGCGCCGCUGCAGCGCCGUCAGCCAGACGAGCCUCGGGGCGCCUCGGGUCCUGCUGCCCGCCAACGGGAAGAUGCACUGCGCCGUGGACUGCAACGGCGUGGUGUCGCUGGUCGGUGGAACGUCGGUAACAACCUCCCCUGUAGGUCUCCUGCUGCCUGAGAUAUUUUGCCGUAAAUCUUUCUCUUUGUGUUUAAUUUUGUAUUUCCAGGGAACAACCACAGACACUGAGUUGAAGAAACGCCGAUCAAGAUUUCGCCAGCCGUCCAUGGAUUAUCUGGAUGAACCAGUGGGUCGGCAGCGAGCCAUGAGUGUGGCCACUAUCCUCACCAACACCAUGGAAGAGCUUGAAGAGUCGAGACAGAAGUGCCCCCCCUGCUGGUAUCGAUUUGCCAACACCUGUCUGAUCUGGGAUUGUUAUCCGGAGUGGCUGAAAAUCAAGGAGGUGGUCAACAUGGUGGUCAUGGACCCAUUCGUGGAUCUGGCCAUCACCAUCUGCAUCGUGCUCAACACCCUGUUCAUGGCCAUGGAGCAUUACCCCAUGACCAAGGAGUUCAACACUGUGCUCUCAGUUGGAAACCUGGUGUUCACGGGCAUCUUCACAGCGGAGAUGUGCUUCAAGAUCAUCGCCCUGGAUCCCUACUACUACUUCCAGGAGGGCUGGAACAUCUUUGACGGCAUCAUCGUUAGUCUGAGUCUGAUGGAGCUCGGCCUGGCCAACGUGGAAGGCCUGUCUGUGCUCCGCUCCUUCAGACUGCUGAGGGUCUUCAAACUGGCCAAGUCGUGGCCCACCUUGAACAUGCUGAUUAAGAUCAUCGGUAACUCGGUGGGCGCUCUGGGGAACCUGACGCUGGUGCUCGCCAUCAUCGUCUUCAUCUUCGCCGUGGUGGGCAUGCAGCUGUUUGGCAAGAGCUACAAGGAGUUUGUGUGCAACAUCUCUGAAGACUGUAAGCUGCCGCGCUGGCACAUGCACGACUUCUUCCACUCCUUCCUCAUCGUGUUCCGGGUGCUGUGUGGAGAGUGGAUCGAGACCAUGUGGGACUGCAUGGAGGUGGCAGGGCAGACCAUGUGCCUGAUAGUCUUCAUGAUGGUCAUGGUCAUUGGAAACCUUGUGGUCCUGAACCUGUUCCUGGCUCUGCUCCUGAGCUCGUUCAGUGCUGACAACCUGGCAGCCACUGACGAGGACAGCGAGAUGAACAACCUGCAGAUCGCCGUGGGACGCAUCCAGCGGGGCUUUGCCUUCAUCAAGUCCGUGGUGCGGCAGUUCGUCCAGAGCCACUGCUUCGGCGGGGGCAGCAAGGGAUCCGGUCUGACCGAGGAGAGCAAGCCCCUGGACGAACUGCACAGCAACGGCAAAGGCAACUGCAUCUCCAAUCACACGUCACUGGAGAUCACCAAAGAGCCCAGCAGGGUGUACAUGACGGAGGGCAACGGGCGGCCCGGAGGGGGGCUGGUGGUCGGGGUCAGGGACACGGAGGUGAAGUACCCCAUGGAGGAAUGUGACUACAUGUCAUUUAUUCACAACCCCAGCCUCACGGUCACUGUGCCCAUCGCUGUGUGCGAGUCAGACUUUGAGAACCUGAACACAGAAGAUUUCAGCAGCGACUCGUCGGACGUGGAGGGCAGCAAGGAGAAGCUCGACACAGAGCCCAAAGGUCUGAGCUCAUCUGAGGGUAGCACAGUUGAUAUCCGGCCCCCGGGAGACGGGGUUGACUCGGUGGAGCUGGAGCCGGAGGAGUCUAUGGAGCCGGAGGCCUGCUUCACAGAGGGCUGUGUGAGCAGGUUCCAGUGCUGCCAGAUCAACGAGGACAACGACAAUUAUAAGAAGUGGUGGAAUCUGAGGAAGACUUGCUUCAUCAUAGUGGAGCACAACUGGUUUGAGUCCUUCAUCAUAUUCAUGAUCCUGCUCAGCAGUGGGGCGCUGGCGUUCGAGGACAUUUACAUCGAGCAGCGGAGGACCAUCAAGACGAUGCUGGAGUACUCGGACAAGGUCUUUACUUACGUGUUCAUCCUGGAGAUGCUGCUGAAGUGGGUGGCAUACGGCUUCGUCAAGUACUUCACCAACGCCUGGUGCUGGCUCGACUUCAUCAUCGUAGACGUGUCCCUGGUGAGCCUCGUAGCCAACGCUAUGGGCUACUCUGAGCUUACCGCUAUCAAAUCCCUGAGGACGCUACGAGCCCUCCGGCCCCUGAGGGCCCUGUCUCGGUUUGAGGGCAUGAGGGUCGUGGUGAACGCGCUGCUGGGCGCCAUCCCCUCCAUCAUGAACGUGCUGCUGGUCUGCCUCAUCUUCUGGCUCAUCUUCAGCAUCAUGGGCGUCAACCUGUUCGCGGGGAAGUACUACUACUGCGUCAACACCACCUCGGACGAGGUCUUCCCCAUCCACAUCGUCAACAACAAGACGGAGUGCCUGAACCUGCUGAACGACAGCGGCCGCUGGAAGAACGUCAAAAUCAACUUUGACAACGUGGGGGCCGGGUACCUGGCCCUGCUGCAAGUGGCAACGUUUAAGGGUUGGAUGGACAUCAUGUACGCAGCCGUGGACUCUCGAGACGUGGAGGAUCAGCCCAAAUAUGAAGUGAACCUGUACAUGUACCUCUACUUUGUCAUCUUCAUCAUCUUCGGCUCCUUCUUCACCCUCAACCUGUUCAUUGGUGUCAUCAUCGACAACUUCAACCAGCAGAAGAAAAAGUUUGGAGGUCAGGACAUUUUCAUGACUGAAGAACAGAAGAAGUACUACAACGCCAUGAAGAAGCUGGGCUCCAAGAAACCACAGAAACCGAUACCUCGACCGACAAACGCUUUCCAAGGCUGCGUGUUCGACUGCAUCACCAAGCAGGCGUUCGACAUCGUCAUUAUGAUCCUCAUCUGCCUCAACAUGGUGACCAUGAUGGUGGAGACCGACAACCAGACCAAGGAGAUGGACGACAUCCUCUACCGGAUCAACAUGGUGUUCAUCAUGCUCUUCACCACGGAGAGCAUGCUCAAGAUGAUCUCCCUGCGUCACUAUUACUUCACGAUUGGCUGGAACAUAUUUGACUUUGUGGUGGUGAUCCUGUCCAUCGUGGGAAUGUUUUUAUCCGAAGUUAUCGAGAAAUACUUUGUGUCCCCGACGCUGUUCCGAGUGAUCCGUCUGGCCAGGAUCGGCCGAAUCCUCCGUCUCAUCAAAGGCGCCAAGGGCAUCCGGACGCUCCUCUUCGCCCUGAUGAUGUCACUCCCCGCCCUGUUCAACAUCGGCCUCCUCCUCUUCCUCGUCAUGUUCAUCUACGCCAUCUUCGGGAUGUCCAACUUCGCCUACGUCAAGCGUGAAUCUGGAAUCGACGACAUGUUCAAUUUCGAGACCUUCGGGAACAGUAUGAUCUGCUUGUUUCAGAUCACCACCUCAGCCGGGUGGGACAGCCUCAUGGCGCCCAUCCUGAACAAACGGGAGCCCGACUGCGACAGCCGGAUGGAGCACCCGGGCAACUCUUACAGGGGCAACUGCGGCAACCCGUCGGUGGCCAUCUUCUUCUUCGUCAGCUACAUCAUUAUCUGCUUUCUCAUCGUGGUCAACAUGUACAUCGCCGUCAUCCUGGAGAACUUCAGCGUGGCCACGGAGGAGAGCGCCGAGCCGCUGAGCGAGGACGACUUCGAGAUGUUCUACGAGGUGUGGGAGCGCUUCGACCCGGACGCCACGCAGUUCAUGGAGUACAGUAAGCUCUCUGACUUUGCAGACGCCCUGGACCCGCCGCUGCGCAUGCCCAAGCCCAACAUGAUCCAUCUCAUCUCCAUGGAUCUGCCCAUGGUGAGUGGCGAGCGAAUCCACUGUCUGGACAUCCUGUUCGCCUUCACCAAGCGCGUGCUGGGCGAGGGCGGGGAGAUGGACGUGCUGCGCGGGCAGAUGGAGGAGCGCUUCAUGGCCUCCAACCCCUCCAAGGUGUCUUACGAGCCCAUCACCACCACCCUGCGCCGCAAACAAGAGGACAUGUCGGCCGUCAUUAUCCAGAGGGCCUUCCGCCACUACAUGAUCCGUCUGGCCAUGAAGAAGGUGUCCACCCUCUACAAGGAGAAGCUGAAGGAGGGCAUCCGCGACCCCGACAAGGACGUGAUGGUCAUCAGCAAGUUCACCGAGAACUCCACCUCCGACAAAACAGACAUGACGCCGUCCACGGCCUCCCCCCCCUCCUACAACAGCGUGACGAAAUCGGACAAGGACAAAUACGAGAAGGAGAACCGGGAGAAGGACAACAAAGGACAAGACUCGAAAGAACGAAAGAAAUAG